UGGGCCCACGGCCACUGGUCAGAGGUGGCGUCUGAGCAGACAGUGUGUCCAUGACGCCAGCCAGUCUCGGGGGUCAAGGGCCAGCCCAGGCACACUGCACCUCUGGGGGACCUCGGGGGCUGUAAGCACUCAGAGAGAGCUUCCCAGGCCCCUUCUGGGGACCUGGGCCAGUCCUGAAGAUGCCCACCAACAGCCUGCACCAGGUGCUGAAGAUCCAGUUUGGCCUCAUCAACGACACUGACCGCUACCUGACAGCAGAGAGCUUUGGCUUCAAGGUCAACGCCUCGGCACCCAGCCUCAAGAGGAAGCAGAUGUGGGUGCUGGAGCCUGACCAGGGGCAGAGCCCGGCCGUACUGUUCCGCAGCAGCCACCUGGGCCGCUACCUGUCGGCCGAGGAGGACGGGCGCGUGGCCUGCGAGGCGGAGCAACCGGGCCGAGACUGCCGCUUCCUGGUGCUGCCGCAGUCGGACGGGCGCUGGGUGCUGCAGUCGGAGCCGCACGGCCGCUUCUUCGGUGGCACCGAGGACCAGCUGUCCUGCUUCGCCACAGCCAUCUCCCCGGCCGAGCUGUGGACCGUGCACCUGGCCAUCCACCCGCAGGCCCACCUGCUGAGUGUGAGUCGGCGGCGCUACGCACACCUGUGCCCAGAGGAGGACGAGAUCACGGCGGACAGCAACACGCCAUGGGGUGUAGACGCGCUCAUCACCCUCAUCUUCCAGAACCGACAGUACUGCCUCAAGUCCUGCGACAGCCGCUACCUGCGCAGCGACGGCCACCUCGUCUGGGAGCCCGAGGCCCGCGCCUGCUACACGCUUGAGUUCAAGGCAGGCAAGCUGGCCUUCAAGGACUGUGAUGGCCGCUACCUGGCGCCCAUGGGGCCCACCGGCACACUGAGGGCCGGUCGUAACACGCGGCCUGGCAAGGAUGAGCUCUUCGACCUGGAGGAGAGUCCCCCACAGGUGGUGCUGGUGGCUGCCAACCACCGCUAUGUGUCUGUGCGGCAAGGGGUCAACAUCUCAGCCAACCAAGAUGAAGAACUGGAUCAUGAAACCUUCCUGAUGCAAAUUGACCAGGAGACAAAGAAGUGCACCUUCUAUUCUAGCACUGGGGGCUACUGGACCCUGGUCACCCAUGGAGGCAUCCAGGCCACAGCCACACAAGUUUCUGCCAACACCAUGUUUGAGAUGGAGUGGCGCGGCCGGCGGGUGGCCCUCAAGGCCAGUAAUGGACGCUAUGUGUGCAUGAAGAAGAAUGGGCAGCUGGCGGCCGUCAGCGAUUUUAUCUGGCCCACAAGCUGGGCGUCCGAGUCUGGAGCUUCUCCAGGAGGAGCCAGUUUACACCCCCACGCGCUGCCGGCCCCUCAGCCCCCUCUCCCGCCAGGCGAGGACGAGGAGUUCAUUCUCAAGCUCAUCAACCGGCCCAUCCUUGUGCUGCGUGGCCUGGACGGCUUCGUCUGCCAGCGCCGCGGCUCCAACCAGCUGGACACCAACCGCUCCGUCUACGACGUCUUCCACCUGAGCUUCAGCGACGGCGCCUACCAGAUCCGAGGCCGCGGCGGCGGGUUCUGGCACACCGGCAGCCACGGCAGCGUGUGCAGCGACGGCCAGCGCGCCGAGGACUUCCUCUUCGAGUUCCGUGAGCGCGGCCGCCUGGCCAUCCGUGCCCGGAGCGGCAAGUACCUGCGCGGUGGCGCCUCGGGGCUGCUGCGCGCGGACGCGGACGCGCCGGCGGGGGUCGCGCUCUGGGAGUACUGAGCACGGGGCCCGCCUGUCCCGCAUUAAACCAUGUCUGUGACGCAGCGGCUCGGCGACUCGGUGGCG